GUCGCACGUUCUUAGGACGAUAGCAAUGAGAAAAUUGUCUUCAUCCCCCUUCCAAUAAAAAGGUAAAAUUCCCGCCAAACUAUUUGCUCUUUGUUUUCACCGCCAUUGUUGGCUUGUUACUUUCUUGAUAUUGCAUACUAGUAUCAGAGAUUUAGAGAAGAUAGAGAAAGAUGAGUAAUUCAUACGAGCAGAGACUGAAAAUGGCAGCGAAAAUUGUAAUGUCUGCGGACAAAUAUCCGGCGUCUUUUAAUUGUGAAAAUAUUGGGGUUACCGCAACUCUUAAACCUCAUCAAAUUGACGGCGUUUCUUGGCUUAUUCGCCGUUAUCGUAUAGGCGUCAACGUUAUUCUCGGAGACGAGGUAUGAUGGAUCUUGUCUACCUUUUACGUCAUUGCAUCCGUUUAUUGAAUAAAUGUAGUGUAAAUCAAAGUAUGGGCGGGCCUAGACAUCCAUAGGAUUCAAAGAAGUUUGGAGGAAAUUAUGUUGUUUGAUUUUUUCCUUGUCUCUCUCCUCUUGUACUGAAUAUGAAUAUAACAGAUGGGAUUAGGAAAGACUUUGCAAGCUAUCACUUUUUUGAGCUACUUGAAGUUUCAUCAAAGAUUGCCAGGACCAUUUUUGGUUUUGUGCCCCUUAAGUGUGAUCGAUGGUUGGCUGUCAGAAAUAGAGAAAUUUGCUCCGAAAUUGAAAGUUCACAGGUAUGUUGGUGAAAAAGAGCAUAGGCGUUUACUAAGGAGGACAAUGUAUGAGCACGUUCAAGCAAAAUCUUCACAUUCUGAUGUAUCUAUGUUACCAUUUGACGUGCUCUUGACAACAUAUGAUAUUGCACUUAUUGACCAGAAUUUUCUCACGCAAUUUCAAUGGCAUUAUAGUGUGAUUGAUGAAGCUCAAAGGCUUAAAAAUGUAUCAAGUGUUCUGUAUGGCGUGCUUAAAGAGAGAUAUGUUAUGCCUAGAUGUUUGCUAAUGACCGGCACACCAAUUCAAAAUAAUCUUACUGAACUCUGGGCAUUGAUGCAUUUUUGUAUGCCUUCUAUUUUUGGAACAUUGGAAGAAUUCCUUCACUCAUUUAAGGCUGUGGGGGAUACUUCAAUAGGCCAUGAUGGCGCCACAGUUAAAGAGCAGCUGAACACUUUAAAGUGGUUAUUGGGGGCGGUGUUCAUGAUUCGUAGGACAAAAGCUAAACUUAUUGAAUGUGGAAGCCUUGCGUUGCCUCCUCUUACUGAGAUUACAGUGAUGGUACCACUUGUAGCCUUGCAGAAGAGUGUUUAUACAUCAAUUUUGAGAAAGGAGCUAUCUAGACUUCUUGCAUUGGCUUCUGGAACAUCUAAUGUUCAAUCAUUACAGAAUGUGGUAGUCCAACUUCGAAAGGCAUGCAGUCAUCCUUAUCUCUUCCCUGGUAUUGAACCAGAACCCUAUGAAGAGGGUGAGCACCUUGUCCAGGCUAGUGGCAAACUCAUGAUUUUGGACCAACUUCUUCAAAAGCUGCAUGAAUCUGGACAUCGUGUUCUUUUGUUUGCCCAAAUGACCCAAUCGCUUGAUAUUUUACAGGAUUAUUUGGAGUUACGUCGUUACUCUUAUGAACGCCUUGAUGGGUCGAUUCGAGCAGAGGAGCGUUUUGCUGCAAUAAGGAAUUUCACCAAUUCAUCAGCCUCUCAGAACAAGAACUCUGAAUCCAGUGAACAAGGUGUUUUUGUCUUUUUGAUAUCUACAAGAGCUGGUGGAGUAGGUUUGAAUCUCAUGGCUGCUGACACCGUUAUAUUUUAUGAACAAGAUUGGAAUCCUCAGGUUGAUAGACAAGCAUUGCAGCGAGCUCAUCGGAUUGGGCAGAUGAACCAUGUGCUGUCAAUAAACCUUGUUACAGGACGCACUAUUGAGGAGGUCAUUAUGCAGCGAGCAAGAAAGAAGUUGCAGCUUAGUCAUAAUAUUAUUGAUGAUGAGGUUUCAGAGCAGGUGGGGAAAGAACUUUCUGGGGCUGGCCCAAGCGACCUAAAGUCUAUGAUAUAUGGGUUACGUAUAUUUGAUCCUCAAGAGAGCAGUAAAGAAAAGUCAAGUGAGCCGACAAUAUCUGAAUUAAACACAUUGGCUGCUGAAGUUCUUGCCAAGCGCACUGGUAAGGAAUUAGACAAGGAUAUGGAGAAGUUUGUUCUGAAUCCUACUGGUCCAAGUGGAAGUGAUUUUGGAAUAAAGAUUUCUGAUUCUACUGUAAAUCUUGACCCUUGUCUUGACGAAGCUUCUUACCAUUCCUGGGUUGAAAAAUUUAAGGAGGUAGCCGAAUCCACUGAUAAGACCACCUUGGAAUUGGAGAGUAGGAGAAUAACAUCUGAGGAAAAACUUCAAAGGCUUGAAUCUGCGAGAAAGAAAGCAGUGGAAAAGAAGUUGGCUAAGUGGCAAGCACUUGGAUAUGAAUCGCUUUCUGUCCCUAAUCCUAUCCCGCCAGUAAAUUCCGAUCUUAUGUCAGAUCAUUGUGCCGUAAACUUUAUUUUUGGGGACUGUACAAAUCCAUCUGAAGUGUGCUCCUCUGAGCCGACAGUUAUAUUCAGCUCUGUUGAUGACUCUGGACACUGGGGCCACGGUGGAAUGUUUGACGCAUUGGCCAAGCUCUCUACUAAAGUUCCAGAGGCAUAUGAGCGUGCAGCUGAAUUUGGGGACCUUAAACUUGGAGAUCUUCAUGUUAUACAAGUAGAUGAUGCCGAAGCUGAGCAGCUUAAAGAUGGUGGGAUGCCUCGGUGGGUUGCCUUGGCUGUAGUUCAGUCAUAUAAUCCCAGACGUAAAGUUCCCCGCAGCAGUAUUUCCACAAGUGAUUUGGAACUUUGCUUAUCAAAAGCAUCAUCUGUUGCUGCCCAAAAAUCUGCCUCGCUCCACAUGCCACGUGUCGGAUAUCAAGAUGGAUCCGAUAGAGCAAUUUGGUAUUCUACUGAGCGUCUUCUACGAAAGUAUUCCUCCAUAUUUGGCAUUAAGAUUUAUGUGUAUUAUUACCGGAAGCCUUCAAGAUAGUUAAAAUGUUAUAUGCCACAUAUAUAGGUGCUAAAAAGGAUGCCUGACAUGGAGAUCAGCUGAUCACCUUACCCUCAAUAGUAUAAUUCGAGUUUUUCAGUAUCUUCUAUGCUUUCUGUUAGUUUGUUGUAUCUUGUAUGUGAAACUUCCAUGAAGUUGUUAACCCCUUCUUCCAACUCCCUGAUGUUUCUUUUCCUCAAAAUGAAGAGUUUUGUGCAAUCCUUCUGUCUGGAAAGAAAACGGAGUAUAUUAUAUCAGAAAUAAGAUGUUUUUGUAAGAAGCUUUUCAUAUUUUGGUUCUUAAGGGUUUCUUAUGAGUCCUCAAUAUCUUCAUUUUACAUUAGAGGAUGUUUGAUUUGAUUCUAUGAAAACUAUUCAUGCGUCGGGUUUAGUAUAGCUACAGAGUCCAAUUCUGUUACAAGUCAACUUUAAUCAGCUAUGGUUUCAAAUUCAUUUUAAUCGAGAUAAUUGGUUUGAGAAGUUGGCCAAAAAUAAUAU